AUGUCGACUCCGAAUAUCUACAUCCUGUUCUUCACCAUUUUCGCCAGCCUCCUUCUGUCAACUCUCUGCAACAUCGAUCAAACCCAAAAUGACAUCGCUCUGUUCAUCUUCAGCGACAUCCUCAACGACGCGGGGACUAACAACUACAUAAACACCACCGCUUUUUUCAAAGCAAAUUUUUCUCCAGAUGGCGAGACUUUCUUUCACUAUCCCACUGGCAGAUUCACUGAUGGUCGUAUUAUGGCUGAUUUCAUUGCUGAAUAUGCGAAGCUGCUACUGAUCCCACCUUAUCUCCAGCUGAGGAAUGACCAAUUUGUGGGAGAAGCAAAUUUCGCGUCCGCUGGAGCUGGUGCUUUACCUGAAACUUUCCCGGUCGUUUCUCCAUAUUCCUCAAUGUUGCCUUUUCAGGCCGUGGAUUUCAAGACGCAGCUGAAGCAGUUUGAGAGUCUGGUGAAGAAUCUGAGGGAUAAACUGGGGGAUGAGAAGGCGGAGAGAAUAGUUUCGCAUGGUGUUUACUUCAUCAGCAUCUGA